GUCAGUGGAAGGAGCCCGGUUAGUGCUGUUGUAUUCAUCCGUGUGCAACUAAAAAACAGUUGAAUGAACACUAAAUAGCAGGCUAGUCGUGGAUUAAACCUGAGGAGUGACAGAAACUAGCCCGGGCUCCAUCCAUUCUAUUGUUUUACAGAAUUAAAAUUGCAAUAAUCUUACACUUCAGCUCACAGUGAUAUGUUUUGAGAACUGUCAUUAGAAAAAAGCUUGCAGGCAGAUAAAUUGUUUUGAAUUGAAGUACUUUCAUUACUAACCCUCUAAUGUGGGAACAUGGUGAAUCAAAAUGUUUCAUUCUUGGUUAUAUUUUAAAUGUAAUUGCCGUUACAGACUGUCAGAAGUGAUACAAAAUAGAUGUGAAGUUUCAAAGAUUUGUAAGGACAUUUCGUAUUACACGUAAAGGUUAUAAGUGGACUGUCGAAAAAAACUUAAUGUGGUUUUGGGUCAUGUGUGUGCAGUACUUGAAUCAAAAGAGAACUGAUAUUUUAUGAAAAAAGCAAGUGUCUUAAAAAAAGUUAAAAUCCAUGUCCUUUUCGGAAAAGCGUAUCACUUUUUCAGACUACAUAUAACAAUUUUAGACCCAGUGUUUAAUUUUUUAAACAGAAGAUAUUGCAGAACAAUUUAUACUGAUCAUAAAAUUAGUUACUGUUUGUUCAGUGAAUACCGCUGCGUGUGAACAAUGAUCGUUUUGUAGGUAAUCAAAUUGGUGCGAUCGAUUUGUUUUUGUCGUCGAGUGAUUUAUCCCGGCGACUGUUACAAUGGCGACCCCUCCUGACAGCCCCAUAGACGAGGCUCUCUUCGAGCUGGAGCCAUCCAGGGUUCCGAAACACAGACCUGUGGCCUUGGAGGACCUCUGCAGACAGACGAAGUUCACACGCCAGGAAAUCAGAGUCAUGUACAGGGGUUUCAAACAGGAGUGCCCAGAGGGGGUGGUACACGAAGACUCAUUUAAGGACAUUUACGCCAAAUUCUUUCCACACGGAAAUUCCAGUUUAUACGCUCACUAUGUUUUUAAGGCCUUCGAUGUUAACAGUAAUGGCGCCAUCAGCUUCAGAGAUUUACUGGUGACUCUGUCCACUCUUCUCCGUGGCUCGAUCUAUGAGAAACUGCGCUGGACGUUUAAACUGUAUGACAUAAACGGCGAUGGUUGCAUAACACGCGCAGAGCUCGCGGAGAUCGUGGUGGCCAUCCACGAACUGAUGGGUAGACGAGCGCAUCAGGUGAGGGCCACGGGAAGGUACGGGCAACAGGUUGAAGAUGACCGGAAGGCAAGGGAACAAGUGGAUCGGGUGUUCAAAAAAUUAGACCUCAAUCAAGAUGGCGUUAUUACCAUCGAAGAAUUCAUCGAGUCGUGCCUCAAGGAUCCGAAAUGGUUCCUGCUUCCUUUUUCAGGAUGAAGUGAUCACCAAGUCCUUGCAGGUGCUUGAUUCUGGCACCGGGCUAUGAUCCAAGGCCUCCCCCCAGCAUCAACUGAGGUUGUUCCGCUCGUUCAACGGAACGUCGCUUCUACGUCAUCAGCUCAACGAAGACGCGCUAGUGGCCUUCGAGGAGGCGCUGCGAUCCGAAUGGGCUUCCCUCUGCGUGCUGGGGGCAGGAUAAAGCUACCCGGCAGACACCUCGCUUCCGUAAUCCCGCACUCAUUUUAAAAUUCUAUUCUUUUCUGGGGCGUGAACGUUAUGGUGUGUGAUUCCUACGGAACAUACAAAUAAUUUUACUGGGAACGUUCAUUCUUAUAGAAUUCGUGAGAGGUAACAAAUAUUUUAAUUGCAGUGGCAAACAUGUUAAACAGUUUGAACAGUGAAAUAUAGUGCUUGAUUUGUAUGCAGUAGUAAUGUUGGGCUGAAAUGGUUAACAUCAGUUAUGUAAGAAACAAUCAGGUAUUAAUUACCUUGAAUGUGUUAUUUCGACCACCUACGGAGGCAUGGCAGAACAGGAUUUUCUAUCGAAUUGUAUUACCUCCGUGUUGCAGACCGAUAUGGUAAAAAUUAUGUAAAUAUCAUUAGAUGUUAAAAAAAGUCUAUAAUGGCUCAAUAUAGAAAAGUGUGUGGGCUUGUCCAUAUGAACACCAACUCUUCUGUUACCGUCUCCUGCUGUAGUUUAUUUUAUGCAUGUAUAUUAAAAAAAUAUAUUGAAAAUCGACAUUUUAAAUAUCCUUUCUGAAGAUAAUAUGGAGUGACAGGUAACAAAUUGACAUUAGUAUGUUUACGGGAGUUUUCUGACUGGAGGUUUGUGUCGGAAUUCUGGAAAGUUUUAAUAUGGAUUUCGUUGACGGAUAUUAUACAGAGAAUGUAUUGUGAACUGUGAGAAUUUGGCAAUACUUUUUUGAGCAAAUACUGUUAGAUAAUGAAAUUGCAAUAAAACCGCUACAUGGUUUAUAUAUCAAUUAUAAAAACACAGAGAAUUAUUCUCCUAGAAGAAAAAUGGAAGAGUGACAUUUAAAUAAAAUGUCUGUAAUGUCUGAAAUUUACAUCAGUUGUCACGCAUACUUCUUCCAUAAACACAGGUUGAGGUUAUGUUUCGGGAUGUUUAAUGCUGGAAAAUAAAAAUGAAUUAGCACUGCCAGUAACGUGAACAGAUACAAAGGCUAGUGAUUGGAAUUAUUUCAGAUGCAGAAUUUGUAAAAUACAUGCAGCUUCCCGAUUAAAUUUCUGAUCGAAAUAUGAGUGAAAGAAGAAGGAAAUAUACGCGUUUGUUUACGGACGUUCAAAAUGUUUCUAGAGAUUCAACAAUGACUUUCCCUUAACAGUUGCAUUAUAGCAGCCUCCGACAAACUCUGCAUUUUUUUCUCUUGUAAGUGUGUUGUUUGUAAAGUGACUUUAGUAAUAACUCAGUUUAUUACCCGUGUUAAUAUACGUAUGUUUAAACAAUUAGAAUGUGUAAAUUUGUUAACUGUCGGUCUGCGAAAAAAUAUAUUUGUGUCUUUGAUGUUCUUCAGGAAGGACAGGAAGUAGAUAUUGAAGUUAAUUGUCAGAAUUGCAAAACAAAGCGUUAAUGUGUACUUUUCCUGAAUGAACAUUAUACGGCCGAAUUAAAAUUUACAUUGUUUGUAAAAGAACAAAAGGAAACUGCAAAUAUACACCAAAUUUAAAUAUUAUUUUUAUAUUUUAACAAAUAAACACAACCCAAUAAAUGAAACGAGUUACGUUACAUCCGAUUUCUUUGGUAUGAACAGAAAUGAAGGCGACUGUCUCUUCUGUGGUCACUAACGCUUAGUAUUCGGAACUUACGUGCUGUUAAGCACGGGGAAAAGUUGCAGUAUUUUAAUUAAUACGCGUUAAUUAAAGUUUAAUAAACAGUGUGACAGGCGGAAAUAUUUAUGACACACAGAGCCAAUUGACGAAAAUCGGAAAAUAACCAAUAAAUAUUAGUUUCUAAGUAUUAGCGUGCAAUGUUAAAUACAUGUCUUAUGCAAGAGCAUAACGACGUUUUCCGUUGCAUGCGAAAGUGUCCUAAGUGAUAUUUACUGUCCUCUACUUUACGCUCAGUUUCUGAAGUCGUAAGUUCAACCGAAAUGUGUGAACGUUCUGUGGGGGUCUCAUGAGUACAAGAGAAGUUCAUUUUCCUUGUGAUGCAUGUUAUUGGGCAUAUCUCAUGUUUAACGUCGUAUUAUUGUGAUUUGUUCAUGUUUUUACUUAAGCUAUUACCAGACUGUCUUAUGAAAAAAGGGUUUAUAUCCCUUUCUAAACCUAGGGCUGGAUUCAUCAUUUCUUAUCGAUUCGCGAGUCGAAAUGUUAUAAACGAGGAAUAAUUAUAGGAACGUUAUGGCACUUCACAAGAAAUUGAUAAAUUAGGACUAGUGUUUAAAUAUGUUCACGUAAUGAAGAUGUCUGACUCCCGGAUUGUUUCUGAGCCGUGUAGUCUGGUAGAAUUCAAGACUACGUGGCACAACAAACCCAGAAGACAGCCAUCUUCAUACUCGCCUCCGUGAGAACCUGAAAUCUUACUUAGGUACACAUAUUAUUCAGUAAUUUUCUUUAAAAAAAAUGAGAAUGUUUCUUAUAUAUUUAAUGUUGUGUUUACUUAAGUAAUUUUUCAGGAUUGUAUUUAGUUUCUGUUCGUGCUAUUCACAUCCUUCAAUCCAAGUGCUUAUCGGCAAGAGGCGUCUUAGUGUUUGGAAUGAAUAGUUGUGGAAUGGACUUUUCUCUCUUUGGACAGGGGUUGAUUAUAGCCUUUUGUAAACACUAAAUAAACCUUUGGGUCUUGUAAACUACGGGGAAUUUGUUGACUAGGUGAACGUCUGUCAAAUUCUCACGAAAGAAUGUGCUCCGGUAGAGUUACAUAAUUUAACUUGUUCUUAUGUUACUUUCGCACAGACAUGAACAUUACAAGGGUCUGUGUUUGUAUUUUCAACCAAUUGUUUGAUUUGUUUUUCUCUGCUGAAUUCGUUGUACAUUAUUAUUGAUUACAGUACAUCUAAACAGCGGCAACGCGUGUUCUGACUUUGAAGUCCGCAUGGAUGAAUUAUUUUAACACGUAAGAAAUGCACUCAAAUAAGAUAAUGCUUUUACGAGGUGUAUAGAUAAGAAGCUAGAAACAUUUCCAUUCCAAUAACCUUAAUUAGGUGACGGAAAAAACAUUGUAAUAGCCUAUAAUAGAUCUGAUAUGACUUCAGUUGAACUAUUGUAGUCUAUUUGCCUAGGAAGCUUGGGGAAAUUAAAAAGGUUAUGUAUAGGGCAUAUCUUAAAAUGUGCAUCCAAAUAUUAAUACUGUCAAGAAUAAUGUGUUUUAGAGUGAUGUCCACAUUCCAAAAUUCGUUUACUUCUUUCUUCGAAAUAGAAAGGACAGCUUGAAGCGACUUUUACCACAAAACACGUAACUGUUAUAAUAGCAGGCAAGUCUAUUUGUUGUGUGUAUAUAAGAGUCUGGAACAUAUGUUGUUAUUUGUUAAUUUGAUCUCACCUUUGUCCAUCGACGUCGAUAGUUGUGGAAUUUUAAUAUUAUAUGGAAAUGCUGUUCCAAUGUGUAAAGUGUUGAUAAAAUUUAUAGAUAUAUUACAAGUCUUCCCAAUUAGUGCAAGAUAAUGCUCAUAAUUAUAGAUAAUAAGAUUGCUUAAAUUAUGUAUAUUUUAAUGGUAUGUAACAUUUUUGGUUUUGGCGCACAGUAAUAUGGAUAUAUUUAACUUUUAAAUGUAGUUCAAAAAUUUGUUAUUUAAUACGCUUUAAUAAUUUUAUUUUCAAGAUCACACAUAAUAAUUUCACACAUUUUUAAAAUCAUACGUCACCGAGAACUUACGAAAGAGUUCGCGUUUCUUUCCUAAAGCAUUCAUAUUUUAAGAGUUCAGUCUGUGAAAAACUUUUUAAUUGUCUUUCAUAUCCCAAACGUAAAAUUCUUAUCUAGUGCAUAAGAGUCUUGUGAAGGCAGAAGGGAGAAAUGGAAUUUCAGAAAGUGUUUUAUGAAGUGAUUAGAUCUUAAUAAUUGUAUUUUUUCUGCUACGAGAGUAAAUUUGUAUUUAGUUACGUUUUGCGUUGUUCAGGAUAUUAUCAUUCAAGCAUGGGACCUUAUAAACAAAGAAAUUUAACGUUUGUAAGACACCGAUCAAAUCUUUCGGAUUUAGAUGCAAUAAAUAAAUACAAAAUUAAAUUCAUGCCCUUUUCAUACGAUGAUUCAAGUGCCACUGCUGUACAAUCAUAUCUUUCACACCUGUAAAACAACUCAAGUUCUCAAAACCUUUUACUUUCAUUCGAGGAAAAAUCGGGCACUUGUCAUGUAGGUACUGAGGUUCGUUGGUCCAAGUUCAUUGAUCCCAGACAACUUUUACGUCACUUGCGCCGAUUUUAAAGGUGAAAGUUGAAAUUCUGGUGAUCGCUCCAAAAAUGUUAAGUUAUUUGCGCGUCUCCUAACUACUUUUCCUAAAUUUCUGUCUUCUACUGACUAAACAAAAGUUUUCGUUUUCGUGCUAAAUUCCCUAUUACGAAAAGUAUCAGCGUUGGAAGUGGUUUUGGAAUAAAUGCUUUAGUGAACGUUUAGCGAUUUAUGUAUCGUUUAUAACGCAAUAAUUCUGUUCGGUAAUUUUUUAGUUAUCAGAAGUGGGAUGUGUAGUGAACAUAUUAUUUUUGUUCAAAGGAUCUUAAAACUAAUUCUGUAUUUCUUUGUGUUCUAAAUCCCAAGUCCCACAGCUGAAUCAGAUUCUUCGCUUCUAUUGAACACACCUCCAAAACACUUAAUUUGUUCCAAUAUGACUGAAACACUCUCAUCCAGCCAGUUUUAAAAAUAAUUUGUUUAUACGAGUAUAAGUAUUUAAUGAAGAAGGAAGUGAAACCAUUAUUUAUAGUUUUCGUGUUUUUAAACAGCACAUUUAAGUGCGAAUAAAAAUCAUAUCAAAUAUCAGGAAAAUAAAUACGUAAUAGUGUUACUACUAUUAUAUGCUACAACUGCCUCAGUAUUACUGUCAUUAUGUUCCGGUCACAACAGAUUACAUGCAACUUUGGAACACAGAUUUAAAGAUUAAUUUUCAAAACUUAUUAUUAAAGGAAUAUAAAUUGAAAAUGCGUUUGCUGAUAUUUACACACAGAAGGCCCCAUUUAAAACGCAGCCCAAAACAAUUACACACGAAUCAGUUUUGCUCGCAAAACGACAGUACCAAGUAAAAUUUUUGAAUUUUUGCAGCUUGAAACAAACACUUCUUGUGUCCCGAAAUUUCGUUGCAAGUCUGUGUAUUGUGUUAUCCAAACCUCCUUGUCAGGAUACACAUUGAUAAAUGUUUCACGAACAGAGGCAUUUUAUUUUGAUGCGAAGUAAUAAUGUUCGAGAAUGAACACACUUUCUCCUCUCAAAUGCACAAUAAGAUGUUCGCACCUGCACAACUCUCUCGCAAGUUGCGUGAGUAGCGGCCUAGCAACAAGGAUGACCUUGACAUAAGUGUAACGGGCGAGGUUAGGGGGAGUUUAUUACACGGAGUGGACCUGUUUAUGAUUUUGAGGUUGCUUUUUAAUUAGUACAUCCUCUUCUAAUUGAGUGCUUCUUGUUGAUUUAAUUUUCUGACGUAAAAUGUGGGAAUUGUUAAGUUUUUCCUUACUAGAGGUCAAGCACGGGAGUGAGAAAGUUAUUUAUGCACAGAAAGAGUUUGUAAUUUUUUGUAUACGGAUACUGAACAGAAUUGUCUUUGCGUCCAAGAGGAUAUUGAGUAACACAAUAUUUAUUCGUGUUUAGAGAAAUGUUUGUCUUGUAAUAAGUUGAAUGUAUUCCGAUGCGACAAUUGAAUAACAUUUGAAGAGUACGUGACCUUGUACGAAACGAAGUAAAUAUACAAUUUAUGUUUUGUAUCCAUGGUGUAACAAAACGGGGUUAUAAAAUGAAGGAACAAGUUGGUAAUAUCUGACGACUUUUUAAUAAGCGAUGCUAAAAUGCUACACUGAAUAAGAAUAAAAUUUCUUGUUUUAAAACAAGCGAUUUCAAUUAUGAAAGAAAAUUAGAGAAUACGUAUACUUAGAAAUAUCAUCCAGUUUAAAUAUAUACGUGGUAUAUUAAAUUUAGCAGGUACAUGAAAAUAUAUUCAUUUUAUUACUCAACGUAUCUUAUAAUUAACAAAGAUUUUAAGUAGCCGGCUGAGUGAAUUCUAAAUUAAUAUACGAAUUAAAUUAGGCUUUGAGGCAGUUUUACACGUCUGCUUAGAUUUGGAGACACUCUCUGUAGAUAAGGCAAUUGUAUGGGAUAAUAGCGCAACUAACGCUAAGUAGAUAGUGGAAUACUGGAAAGCUAACUUAAAAUUUAGCAUGUCGCUGAACAAUUCAUUGAAACUUUGUGUUUGUUCUUGAGCGCGCAUCUUUUGUGGCAAUAGUUUGUAUAUAUUUAUUAGUGCGUAUACAUAGCAUAAAUAUACAAAAACAUAAAAGAUAUAUCCAGUAUAUACUUGGUAAUGUAUAAAUUUGAUUAUUUUAUGGUGCAUGUGUUACUGAACUUUGCGUAAGUUGUCGUGGUUAUUGUUCAUGACAUAAGAACCGGUCAGUUGAAUUUAGGGAUGCACAAGAAGGAAUAUUUUGUGUCAUGAAAGCAUAGAAUAGUCUGCCAUGCGAAAAUAAGCAUUUUUGUCAAUUAUUUUAAAAUAAAUUAAGGUAUGUACAUAUAAGUAAUUCAUCAGUGCUUAGGAAAUUUUAAUAAGGAACUAAAAUCCGUUCUAAUAAUAGGAAUUAUACAAAUAGAAAUUAUAUGUAAUGUUUUAGAUCGUGAAUCAUAUGAAAACUGAAGUCAUGAGGAAUUGUGCAAAAUGGUUACAGUCAAGAUAUGUCCUGUUAGACUUGAAGAGGUUGCAUAUUUGUUUUAAUAAUCUCUAAACCAAUGUUAUAUUCUAAUUUAUUAUGAAUAUAGUGGAUUAUGAAAUUCGGAGGAUUAUAUUUAUAAUUACGGCAAAUAUUAGGAUGUUAUUGCCUCAUUGUGAAACUGCAAAUGUAUUUAUAAAAAUAAAAUACAUUGAGUUAAUUUUUGAAGUAUAUCCACUGGCAUAAAUUUAAACAAAUAAAAUAAGUUUUAAAGUUAGACGUACAGAAAAUUACUUGUACUUGCCUGGCAUGGCCCGUAAAUCUGUAUUUCGAUACAAAAUACACCGAUUUAUUUUGUGAAUGUAUGAAACAAAUAUUACUAAACAGAUUUUUUAUAACACAAUUUUGAAAAGUUUUAGCUUGUUUUAAGGUCAAUAAGUCAGAAAUUUAUUUACACUGGUGAUACUAUAAUAAAAUAACAUGAGUAUAUAUUGAGGAAAACAGCAGAUAUUUCUGAUUUAUAGGAUUAGGGCUUUCUAAAGUACGACCUUCGGAUAAUAUGGGGCAUAUAAUUUAAUCCGGCUCGAGAGUCUGCAAUAUGUCAUUAACAUUCCUAUUCAACAUUUAAGUCUUGCUGAACAUAACAAUCAAGGCGUUCAGGAAUUACAAAUGCAAAAACUGAAAUACCUAUCAAUGCAUCUGAUAUGUACUGUGGUGAAAUUACAUUUUUAUACCACAAUUUUUUUGAGUGGUUACGAUUCUUAACCGACGUAAAUUGAGUUACGACGGACAUGACGGAAACUUUUCAGGAAAUCGCAUUUUCCCCGAUUGAUUAUUCCACUGCUUUCUAUAAACAGCUUAGAUUUGUUUUAUGGUAGUUACAUUUUCAAACAAAUUGUGAUCUCUAUAGUCUGUCCUGCAAACAUAGACUUUAUUGACAAAGAUGUUCACUCGAUUUGGAAAUCCCUUAAUUAGAAUAUCUUUAUCCACAUAAUGUAAUGCUUGUGUUGUUUGAGCAAGGAUAUUAUAAUUUAAAUUAGCUGUAUCGACAAAUCGUUUCUUUGCACAUGGUGAUAUGAUUUAUGAAAUAUUUAUAGGAAUGCAUGCUGUAAAUCUCAUUGUAAUAUUCUUAUUUUGUAUAAUUUAAAGAGCGUCCUUCAAGUUUCAUUGACUUCACAAUCAUAAAAUGGCCUAAUGUUUUUUUAUGUAUGGAAAAUAUAAAGAACGCUGAUAAUGAAUGUGUAUGUGUAGGAAUGUGUGAGUUACGUGUGUUUGAAGAGAACCCUUUCAAUUAUUAUCUUUGAUGUUAAAAAAUCACGUUCUUUGGAUAAUGUGCUUCAUAUAAAUUACUUAUGUGAUUUUUUAUUUUGAUUGAAAAUAACAAUUCCCUCCUCUUAUUACUAACAUAUAGCCUUCUAAGUACAAAUUAACCGUGCAAUUCAAAAGGAAUGAGAAAUAACGACUGUCCUGUGAUUUGUAUUGUAAUUGUUUGGUUCUUUAAAAUAACUUAAGAAUAACUGGGUUAAAAUCGAGAUUCGGUUGAAUUCAGAAUGAAAAGAAAUACAAAAAGAGCACAAAUAUAUCGCCAAUAAAUGCAACAAAAAGAUUUUAAUUACGAAAAUUGUACAUUAAUUCGAAGUACAUUAAAAGAAUGGCGUUACGUUUCUAAUAAUCUUGUAAUUUCUCAUACCUUGUAGCUAUUAUUGGCAGUCACAUAUUUAACGAAACAUCCUUUAUUAUACUUUUUCAAGAACUUCAACGGAUUACCGUGUGUCCCAUACUAAUGUUGAAAUAUGUCUCACAACAGUGUAGUAGUAUAAUUAAUCUGUUUGUUAACCUUCUGAGUAUUCAUAAUCUGUUUAUAUUUUCAGCUGUUGCAAGUCCGAAUUUUAAUAUAGUUUAGCAGACAAAAAUGCAUACUUAAAUAUCAACAUUGCUAUGGAUCAUUGAUUAUCUGUUAAACACCGAAACGCUUCUGUAAAAUAUAACGAUUAUACCUGAUGAAGCGUAAACUUGUGACUGUUAUUUGUCUAAGUUACAUGUACAUUAAUAUACAGUUUUAUUAUUACAAUUUAUGGAUAUUUUUUAAACAAAGCAUGAACCUAUUAUGUGUAAACAUAAAGUAAAGAGACGAAGGAGUGUUUCAGAAUUUACUCUAACUAAGGAAAUGGAGAAGUACAAACGUGUAAAUAGAAUAUUCUUUUUUGAGGCGGAAAUAAAGUUAUGAAGUACAUACAAAUAGGGACAUGUGAAGCAUAUUACUUUGUCUUUCAAUAAUAAAAUAGUACAAUUAUUUAUUCGGACUCAUAACUUAUUAUAAAUUAAUUAAUGUGUGAAAUUCUGUCACACUCUGUAUUAGUCUCAUUGUAUUAUUGCACCUAUUAAUGCGUUUAAGGAUUUGAUUUUAGAGACAUUAUUAUUUGUUCUCGUCAAAUUUUUCCUGUCAUGAAGGGAAAUGCCUGGUUAAAAUAUUUUUGAAAACGCAUUUAAUCAAACCUCAUAUGUGCCCAAUAAUUUUUGAGUAUGAGAGAAUUAUAAGACAAAGAGAACCUGGAAUGUGACUGAAAUUAUAUAAAAAAAUAUAUUUGGAGUUAAGUAAUUUAAUUCAUGAUAUAAAUUUAACAAAAUAAGAUCUGCGACUAAUACAAGAAUAUAUUUUCUUUCUCUUAUCUUAUUUUGCUCACAAUUGCAUACUUUUAUUAAUAAAAUAUAGAAUUUUUUGUUCGUAAUUAUUUUUGUUCCACGAAAGUCUUUGUAAAUCAAAUAUAUUUUGCAUUAUGGCAAUAAAACCCAAAGAUCAAUUGUAAAAAAA